AUGGUUCCGGAAUGCGCCAGCAUCAAGCGUGACAACGUCAAGGAUUUCUUCCGGUGGGCGUUCUUGAACACAGGAGAGUAUGAUCCGACCUACGACGAGGAAUUAGAAGAGUAUACUCAAGAGAUAGAGAAGCUGCUGGGCAGGAAGUUAGAGCCUGGUCGCGGAAACGCCAAAUGCCUCCGAUUGACUCUCGAUAAGGUAGAGAUGUUGCAUCGGAGUUUAACGUGGUACCUAUGCGUGUUUGUUGUCGACACGAUAGCGUCUAUCUCUUUACGAUACCACUCGUUCAACUUUCAUCGCACGUCGUUCUCGCAGUUUGUCGCCACAUUUCUACUAUGUCUUUCUACUCUGUUUGCGACCUAUACCUCCUAUGCGAAGGGACUCACUUACUGGCACCGUCCACAUGCGUCUAAGACAAAGCUGCCUAUUUUAUUCAUUCAUGGCACCGGCGUGGGGUUUUACCUAUACGUAAACUUCUUGGCCGAAAUAAAUGCUGAUAUUGACGAGAAUCCUUCAGAUGGGCAGGUUGGGAUUAUCGCUAUAGAAAUUAUGUCGGUAAGCUCCAGGAUAAUAUACGAGGCAAUGUUGAAAGAGGAAAUGUGUGAUGAGAUUCGUUGCAUAUUGACGGCAUAUGGGUGGGAGAAGUGUGUCUUGGUAUCGCAUUCACGACCAAGUCAACCAAAUGAGUAUCUACUCUCCUACUUUGGUUCCAAGGAUAUAGGCAUAUCUUAUACCCUAUUCCGCCGCUUCUUAUGGGCCGAUAAUAUGUUAUGGAAGGAGGACAUUCAAGAUCGUUCUGUGACUGUGGUAUUAGCCGGCAGAGAUAGUGUGAUCGACACGAAAGCAAUCCGGGCAUAUCUGCUGGGCUCAGAGAAUUGGACCUUAGAAACUAUGGACUUGGUGGAUCUCGGGCGGAAAGAUGAUAGAUUGGAUGUCAUCUGGUUCCAAGAUCUGGAUCACGGCCAGGUCUUUGGCCAGAAGAGGACUAGAAGCAGUCUGCUUGAGAUUGUCUGGACGUUUUGCAACAAAUAG